UUGAUUGGUGUCAGCAAAGCUGAGCAGUACUCAAUACUUUUGGACGUUUUUUUUCACAAUUUCGUUCCAAAGUAGUCUAAAAGCGCCAAAAUGACCGAAGAAAUAGACGUGGGGAUGAAGUGCAUCAAGUACAUGCUUUUCGUCGCAAACUUCAUGUUUGUGAUGAUCGGGUUCCUAUUGAUAUCGAUCGGAUCGACAAUCAAAGCGAUAUAUGGGGACUUUGAAUUAUUUGUGGCCUCUCACUACUUCAGCCCGUCGAUACUUGCUAUCACCAUAGGAGUGGUAAUCUUCUUCGUUGCUCUUUUCGGAUGUGUAGGAGCCAUCAAAGAGAGCACAUGUCUCAUCAACUUGUUCGGUUUCUUUCUCACCGCCCUCUUGGUGAUGGAAAUAGCAGCAGCUAUUGCCGCCUACGCCAUGCGUAACAACAUCGAAGAAACCAUUCAAACGAAAAUGGAAGAGUCGUUGCCUGAUUACAGCCACAAUCAUUACUACCAGGACAUGUGGGAUGUCACUCAAAGCAGCUUGCGUUGCUGCGGAAUUCACGGAUCGCAAGACUGGAUGUCAAACAUUGCAACUACCAUUCCUACUACUCCUUCCAUUGCCGCUGAUACAACACUUUCUCAUACUACAACUGACAAUCCACUUGAGCCUUUCCUUGGUCCAAACUCGUGCUGCCACCCCCGUGACGUCAACAAUGGUUUCUGUACUAAGAAAUACGUCUACAAGGAUGGUUGUUUGGAUGCCUUGACUUACGUUGUGUCCGAAAGCGCUCUUCUUCUGGGCUGCGGUGCUCUGGCUGUUGCAUUUAUUCAAUUACUGGGGAUUAUUUUCGCUUGGAUGCUAGCUAAAGCGGUUAGACGCUUGAAGACUCAGGAGUUGUUGGAAAGGGAUCAGGAUCGUCAAAGGACUUACGAACAGUUGUCCAGAGAUAAAGAGGAGAACCAAACUCCUGUUUUGUACACGCCUACGUUUUCUGAAGCCUAAGGGUGCUGAUGGAGAGGAAAUGUAUUGAGUUACUGUUUUACGUUGUACAUAUAUAUAUAAUUUUAAUGUACUUUAGCGACAUAUUCUGAGAUGUUUUAUAAGUAACGAUACGUUGGGAAAAAUAAAUAUUUAGCGAGUAAGUGUCGACCUGGAAGUUGGACAGGUUCGUGGUAUAUAGAGUCUACUUUAGGAUAAAUAUUUUAACCAUACAUUAACACAUUGUACUUCGUUUUGGAUUGAUUUCAAAAAGACUGAAAGUCGGCUUCAUUUCAAUAUAUUUUUCUUAAUUUUUA